AUGAUUAAUAAGCGCUUCUUUGAAAUCGUACUGGUGCUACUGGCCUCCUCUACUUUCUUCUCCCUGGAACUGAAACUGGUUCUCUUCCAGCAAAGAAGAGUGAACAGAGAGAGUUUAAACCUCUUGAAUACAUUGCAAACCUCAUCGAUUCAGCAGUGUCUAUCCCACAGGGAAAACUUCCUGCUUCCCCAGAAGUCUAUGAAUCCUCACCACUACCAGAAAAGACAUGCAGUGGCCGUUCUUCAUGAGAUGCUUCAACAGAUCUUCAGCCUCUUCAGGGAAAAUAUUUCUCUGGCCAGUUGGGAGGAAAGCCAGGUGGAGAAGUUCCUCAUUGAGCUUCAUCAACAGUUGGAACACCUAGAAGCAUUCAUAGGACUAGAAGCAGAAUGGAAAAGUGAUACCUUGGGCAGUGAGAACUUCAGGUUACAGGUUAAAAAAUACUUUCGAAGGAUCCGUGACUACCUGGAAAACCAGGAAUACAGCAGCUGUGCCUGGACCAUUGUCCAUGUAGAAAUCAACCGGUGCCUGUUCUUUGUUUUCAGACUCACAGGAAAGGUGAGCCAACAAGGAAUGGACUCUUGA